CAAAUAAAUGAAAGGUACCAGUAUAAAACAACCGUGACCUUCUCUUGUGAAGACCAAGCGUAAGAGAGAGAACAAUGGCUAAAACAUGGUCUUAAAACUUGCAAUGCCCCCUCCCACCACUCCACCAACCACCAGGAUGCCCGGCAUCAGAACAUUCCAGGCAUUCCCGUGAUUGGCAGAUAGCAUGUUGAUUGGCAUGUCGAACCCCACCUACACUGGGUACUGGUAAAUACAACACAACCAACUAACAGCAUAACACACAGCUGGUUGUGCGGGUCGCUACAUAGCCCCCCCACCACAAAGUCCCUCAUCCCCGAGGGAACAAACAAAGUCUCUGAAGCGAUCCGGAGGUCUCCUUUGCCUGCGUGGCCAUUAUGGUCACAGAGUGUCCAGAUGUGAAACAGGGGGCUCAGUCCGUAGUAGGUGGCUGCCCUUCUGGGGCCCAGGUGAUGAAGGCAGGGACACGGGGGACAAGGAUGAGGGAAUGGGGAAUACAGUCUGUGGCUCUGGGGAACCGGUGACACAGGGAGGGAGACUGGGGGAGUGGACUGUCUAGAGCCUGGAGAAUGUCAUUGCCAGAGAGGGGAAUUGUGGGGGUCCCUGUGGUUUGGGGAGAAGAUGCCCCUCUGUAUGGCGCUAACCUGUCCCGGUGCAGUGCAACCUUUCUCCCCCUGGGACAAUUUAUUAGUUAUGCUGUCUUUGUUAGUUAUGCUGUCUUUACAAACCACAUAUCCUAUAGUUAAAAGUGACAAGUUUGAUGCAUAAGUAGUCAACUAAGGUAGCUAGCUAACAUACCGGUACAUACUGCUGUAAUGAUAUGCUAUCUAAAUAUGCUAUCUAAAUACGCAACGUUUAUUGACUUGAUUAUUCCUGUAAUUCUUAGCUUAGCUAAAUGGUGUAGUCAUUGUGCGUUCUUAAUGGACAUUCGCAUGCUUUCGUGAAUUCGCUCUGGCUAUCUACUCCGAUUUCAGAGCACUCGUCUGGGUGUACCAGAGCCAGAAUAAUGAGUUUAAGAGCGCUCAACACCUGUUGAAUAUGGCCGGUGUCAGUAAACGGCGGCAAAAAGCUUAAUUAAAUUGUUGCCAGCAGCACAGUUACAGUCACCAAUGAUCUGGAUAACAUGUAAACAGCCUAACCAGCUCUGCUAGGGCGAGUAAAAUGGUCAGAGUGGUCUGAUUUGUGUCUGGAAGGAGCUAGAAAGCUAGCCAACGUUAGCUUGGGUGCUUGAAUUUACGAGCACACUCUGGCACUCCACAUUGAAUUUAAGAACACACCCGAAGUCGUAAGAUGUCUAACUAGCUAACGAGCUACACUAGCAAGCAUCAACUUCCGGUAGACAGGCGAAGAGCUAGUACGCUCAACUGAAAGCAUACUGUUUGUUUACAGUAUACUAAAAUGAACUAAUAGCAUAUAGUAUGUAGUAUAUACUCAUUAAGUAUGUAGUAUACAGUAUGUUAGUAUGGGACUUCGAACAGAGCUACUGAGUUUGGUCUUCAAAUAUGGCGCUUGGUGCAGUUGCUAGAUGAUUUGGGACAACUGCAAGCCCUCUAUACAUCUAUUUAAAACAAGUAAUGAUACAUCUUUAUCUUGUGGCAUUAAACAUUAAGACAUUAAUUGUAAUAAAAAGUAAUACACAGCACAUGACCUUGAGUUCUGAUGUGGUUUUAAAUGGAUGAUAGACAAUAACAUACCUUGUAUAAAUGGAUAUUCAUGUGAUAAGAUUAAUCUAUUGAGUAAGGUAAGAAAUGAUGUCAUACAUUAGCAAUCGAGCUAUACAGGUGACUGGCCUAUAGUCUUUCAAUGCAAAAAUAUACUAGCUUGUUUGGACUUUUCUGAGAUUCUGAGCAGUGGUUGGUCAGAUCAGAAAAACACCUGCCCAACACUAUUUGAAGAAGAUGUUAUCAUCCAUAUUAUGAGUUAACCAUUCAGAAAGAAAACAAAAACAAAUGUUAACUUGUCUCACUCACUACCUCACUACUUCGGUUUAUGGCAUGGAGACCAUCAUCUUUGGUGCUCUGCAUUUACGUGCACGUGGAAAUGAUAGUAAAAAAAUCAUGACAUUUUUGGCAUGAGGUUAGCAGUGUGUUAGCAGUUCAAAAUCACAUUUUAAUAAUAACUAGUGACGAUCCAAUGUCAUUAGCUACCCUACUGCCCACUUCAGCUGUACAGAGAAGAAAAUUGGUAUGUGUGACUAUUGUUUUUUUUGUUGUUGCAAUUAUUUGUUAUCUUGGCCAUAUGUUUUUAAAGUAAAAUGACUGCAUUUGAGGUCGAGGGCUGUGACAGCAUAACUAGCUAGCCAGUAACGUUGAUUGCUCUUCAAAACCUACGCGAUAGCCAGGCUAUAGUUACUAUAUAAACUCACCCCACUCACCCCAUUCCGUACAAAUGUGCGCAACCGCAACAUUCAAAGGAGGCUACAAAGAAAACUAAUGGGACUGUAGCCACUGUGUUGACGUCGAUAUCGGAGGUGUGAACUAGGUUUCUAUUCAAGCGUUGAUCAACAUGGUAAUGGCUCUAUAGUAUUGGGGAAAAGUUGAAAAAAACUGACCCUCUGUUACAUCUUGACGUGUCAUGUUGUAACGUACAGCACGCAUAAAGCAACUAUUUCUGUCUUACCAUCUCUCUCCACCAGGUGUAGCACUUCUUUCAUCCUUUAAAAACAAGAAAUUGACAGUGACGGGGGUAAGGGGGGAUACCCAGUCAUUUUUUUCAUCAUCAUUGCAUGCGAUCAUCAUUCUCAAAGCCUCUGUUUACUUCUAAGAUCGCCUUAUAUGGCGAUAAGGUGAUAAAUUGGACAGAUUGAGUGAAAAAAAGCAAUUUUCCCCACACAUCUCUCCUUCUCACUAUCAAGCAUUAGUUUCGCUUCCCCACCCGCCAUUUUUAAAAAGACCCGACGGGGCUCAUUGCCUGCUUGAAUUAUGCAGAAACGGGCAGCGUUUAGGUCAUGUAAUUGAUUCUGUUAGAAAGGGGAGAAAUUGUUCUUUACAAUGGUAUUGACAUUAUAGUUGAUCUGGAAGUAUUAUGUUUUUGGGGUGCUAAAAUAAGGGCAAUUCUAUGGACCAAAGCGAUGUACGAGUUUACGUGAGUUUACGUUAACGUUAGUUGCUAGGGAGCUAGCUAGAAAGCCCUAAAUAUCUCGCUCUCAACUCUAUUCUCAUGUUUUAAUGACACAAAGAAAGCCUGAUGUUGUUAGCUGUGUCUGGUCAGGAAGACUCAGUUCCAGCCAGGUCCUAACAUUAAUUGGCUAGGCUAAUAUUAUAUUGCCUCAAAGCUAGCUUUAUCAACUUGUUAGAUACCUUGCAACAAGUAACAGGCCAAACAUCCCCCCUGUAAGGUGGAAUCACAUCAUUACAUUCUCCCAUUCUAAUAGAAUAUCAUUCUAUUUGUAUGGGCUAACCCCUGUAUCAUUAUUGGGAUAAAAUUUAGCUAACAUUAGAUAACAACAUUUACCAUUUAUAUGAACAUUUCGAUAACAUCACACAGUGACUAGAGAAAAUAUCAAAUAUCAGUAGCAAAUGCAGAAUGGGAUAGUUGUUGGAUAACUAUAUAGGCUGUACUUGGAAAGCUUUGAGAGUACAUUGGGGGACAGCGCUUUCCUCAUCAUGAGGUGACUGUCAUGCCACCUCUUCAUGCACUUGUCAUUCAAUUCCAUUUUCUCUGAAAGGCCCUAUGUGGUGCGAAGAUGCACUUUCUUAUCAGAGUUCCCCUUUGACACAGAGAAAGAUGGGACACAUAACCUUGGCUUCCCAUGCCAGCGGUGCAGCGGCUAUUAAAUCAAAAACACUGUUUGACUUCUGAUUACACAUUUAUAGAGGCUGAUGUUCGGAUGUACCGAUCCUGUGCAGGUGUUGUUACACAUGGUCUGCCACUGCAAGGAUGAUUUGCUGUCCGCCUGUCUCCCUGUAGCGCUGUCUUAGGCAUCUCACAGUACGGUCAUUGCAAUGUAUUGCCCUGGCCACAUCUGCAGUUCUCAUGCCUCCUUGCAGCAUGCCUAAGGCACGUUCACGCAGAUGAUCAGAGACCCUGGGCAUCUUUCUUUUGGUGUUUUUCAGAGUCAGUAGAAAGGCCUGGGAAACAGUGUUUAAACCCUUUACAAUGGAGAUCUGUGAAGUUAGUUGGAUUUUUACGAAUGAUCGUUGAAAGACAGGGUCCUGAAAAAGGGACGUUUCUUUUUUUGCUGAGUUUAGUUGCAAAGUUGCUAAAGUUGUCCAUUUAUUAGAUUUGAACAAGCAACCAUUUGCGUUAUACGCCUACCAAUCUACUCCAACCAACCACAUUUCUUUCCCCUUUGCCUUAAGUAACCUUCUGUCUUAUGUUUCUAAUACUAAUUUGUGUGUCCGCCGGAUUUACUUUACUAUGUUACAUCUAGUCUAUGAGAACAAGCUGAGAACAAGCCACCGUUUGUUAUGUGGAUGCCCACUGUUACCUGCCUGUCACCCUUCCCUCUGUUCCCCUCUCGCAGGGCAUCAAGGCUGUGCUGGCAGAGAGCUAUGAGAGGAUCCACCGCAGUAACCUGGUGGGCAUGGGGGUCAUCCCUCUGGAGUACCUGGCCGGGGACACGGUAGACACCCUGGGCCUGACGGGCCGAGUGCAUUACACCGUGGUCAUCCUAGAGCCACUCACACCCAGGGUGAUUGUUGACAUUAAGCUCGACACGGGCAAUUCAUUCCAGACGAGGAUGAGGUUCGACACAGACGUGGAGCUGACGUACUUCCACAACGGAGGCACCAUCAGGACCUACAAGGAGCGCACCAUCGGGACCAAGCUGCGCUGAACACGCACAUCCUCCAUGGGGACGGAGAGACAGAAUGUCCUGACUCGCCCUCUGUUGGUUUGAGUUUACCAUUUGGUUUUCAUCAUGUUGUCUCCAUUGGUUUUAGUGCAUUAACCCGUAGAUGUUUAGCUAUAGGACUUCUUUGAUUAUGUAGUGCUGAGUGCUUAUUACUGUUGGUGAGUAGGGUUGCAAAAUUCCACAUCCAGUUCAUUCCCAGUUGUUCCUGGUCCUCCUGGUUAGUAGAUUCAGGAGGGAAUGAGCAGGAAAUGCAGGAAUUCUCCAACCGGGAUUUUUUGGGAAAGUUGAUGAAGGCUGAAAUUUUUGUCUUUUAACCUUGCUUAAAAAAAAAUCAUUGUUAAUGGUGAGCGAAUGUUGCACCUUUUUUCUUUCCUAUUUUGGGAAAGUUACCAGAAUUGUUCAACCCUAAUGGUGAGUUUGGCUACCCUAGUACUAGUGUAACAGGGGGCGAGUUAAUCAAAUCAAUCUAUCAAAUUAAUAUAAGUAAACCUCAUUACAUUUCUGACCUGAAGCCACAUUUAAUAUUUUCUUGAAGCACUAAUGAUUUUAUGGACCAAAUUGUUUCUGUCUAUCAAAUUGGAAUGAAGGCCUACUAUAAGAUUCACACUUGUUUGUGACCUCGUCACUCUGAUAUGGAUAAAAUGUGUAUUUUGUCUGCUACAAGGCCAUAGCAGGGCUAGUGGCUACCUCCUAAUAGUCUUGGUGCUGUCCCCUUCCCGUUCUCCUUUCCAUAACUGGAGAGGCCAGGGGGAAUUCCUGGUACAUAUCCAGGCAGAACUGAGCGAUAUUAGGCAGAACUGAGCGAUUUCCGCUAGGUGGGCCAGCUGCAAAGUCAAAAUUGCCUAUAUUGUAACAUUUAUGAAAGAAAAACAUUACUUAACAUUACCUGAAAGAAAAACAUUACCUUCUUAAUUUCAAGAUUAGGGUUAGCAGAGUGGUUAGGCUUAAAAUAAAAUGUUAUGACUUGUGGCUGUGCCAGCUAGUGACCAAUGCAGAGCUACCUCCAGAUCAAGAUUCAUGAUGAAAAAUGCAAACCUGUAUGAUAUGGCUCAGGG